UCAAUAUUUAUCACGUUACAGUUAAUUUACAUGACGGUGGUCAGUAUACUUCUAGUUGAUGUCAAAGGUGGAGUUUUUAAUGGAAUUAUGGAAAAAUGCAAGACAGUGGGUAGAAGCUUAGCSAGGGUCCUGGGGAUUCUAAAAGAUACAAAUGGGAAUUUUAAAAAUGAUGGGCCCAUGGAAGAAUUACGUUGGAUCGCAAAUCACCCUAAUGGUUUCUAUAAAAUGGACGACAAAGAAAGGACUGAUUACAAAUUGAAGACGCUAAAAAAGUACAAUACUUGUACUAUUAUACGUCCACCAUCUUUUGACAAAAUAAAUACAUAAGUUAACCACGUUAAGGUUAUACUUGCACACGUUGCAUCAAACUUUCUAAUCCUAAUCGAUACAAAAUUAAUUAAUUAUAAUUAAUUUAAUCAAUUAUUUCUUAAUGAAAUAAAUGU